AUGCCGCCACGAAAAAGCGGCGCCUCGAUAGCUUCCGCGCCAGAGGCUAACGGCGACGUCUCCAUACUGUCCAAUGCAACGAACGCUACGGCUUCAUCUUCUAUACAGCACGCGCAUGCGAAAUCGUCGAGGCAAUCAGGAGGAAGGCAAGAUGAUGGCGUGGGAAUUGAUGAUCUCCUUCUUCCCCGCUCUCUCAUAUCCCGCCUCUCUCGAGGUGUCCUCCCUGCGAACACCUCCCUGCAAAAAGACGCCAUUCUCGCCUUAACCCGCUCCGCCACCGUCUUCAUCUCCUACCUCGCCCACCACGCAAAUGAACAGUCGCAACUACGACAUAAGAAAACACUAGCCGUGCAGGACGUCAUGGCUGCCUUGAGGGAGAUUGAAUUUGGGCACGUGAUGGACCUUGGAGUGGUGGGGAAGGAUGGCAGGACCGGCGGAAGGCUGGAGCGGGAAGUGGAGGCCUAUGAGGAGAUUAUAGGAAGGAAAAGAAGGGGGUAUAAGGAGAAACUUAAAGCUAGGGAGUCUGGCGGUGCGGAGGGCGACGACGGGGAGGUGGAAGAAGACAAGGGUGAACCAAGUAACAAGAAGAUCAGGCGGAUGAGCGCCGAAGAAGAGGACGAAGAGGAGAGGAUGUUGGAACAGCAGCUCAACGGGACAACAACCAGUGAACCACCGGUCCCACGUCCCGAGAAGGCGAAAGGGAAGAGGAAAAGUAAAGAACAGGGCGGGAUUUCGGUAGUCGUGCGGAACGGUAAGGGGAAGACGAAGCCUUAUGAUGCAACCCAAAAGGAAGAAGAGGUACAGUUGGUGGAUGAAGACAGAGAGGCAGAUCUCGAGGAAGGCGACACCGGCGCAGAGGACGAUGAUGAGCAGGACGAAGAGGAAGUGGAAGAUGACGAGGAAGAUGACGAUGACGACGGGGAGGACGAUGAAGACGAAGAGCAAGAUGAUGAGGACGAUGAAGCUGCUCAUCACGACGCCGACGAUGACGACGAUAUCUACGACUCGAGACUAGUGAACGGUCGCUCAGGAGGGCGGGUAGGCCUGCUGCCCGACGGGAACGUCGAGAUUGGAACCGACGACGAGAGUGAUUGA